AUGCAGAUGCUUGAGAUGAUGGGUGACAGACUAGACCAGCAGAUCGCCGCUUCAGCCGCCACUAUCGCCGCUGCCACCAAUGCUGCUGCCGCCGCUAAUGCCGCCGCAUCGGUUGCCAAGCCAGAAGAGGAACUUGAGGAAAUCCCACCUGAGGAUGUGGCUGCUGGGAGGCCUAGGCAAAAGCUAGUUCAACACUUUCUAAGGUUGAAUCCGCCAACGUUCACGGGAGCGGGAGAUCCCGAAGCUACAGCGUUAUGUGUUCAGGAACUAGAGAAUGCCUUUGAGCUGCUGAUGUGCACUGAAGCAGAGAAGGUCGUGCUGGCAGCCUAUCAGUUGAGGGAGACCGCAUCCACAUGGUGGAAGACUAAUAAAGGGAUAGUGUUCCCUGAGGGUGUAGCUCCAGAGUGGAAUGCGUUUCUUGAGGUCUUCAAUGAGAAGUACUUUUCUGAUUGUGCUAGAGAGUUGAAGAUGGUGGAGUUCCAGCGCCUUCGUCAAGGUACGAUGACAGUUGAUCAGUAUGAAGCGAAGUUCGCUGAGCUGUCACAGUAUGCCCCUGAGCUGGUUCAGAAACCGGCAGACCGAGCUCAAAGGUUUAGAGAUGGGCUCCGGUCAGAGGUGAGGAGCUUUGUAGUACCAUUAGAUUUGAAGGAGUACAAGGACCUUUAUAAGUGGGCCCAGCUGAUUGAGAAAGACCAGAAUGACAGAGCUGCCGCAUCUAGGUCGCGGUUUAAUUCGAACAUAGAAGCUGAAAGAUAUGUUAAGAUGGUAGGAUUAAUUCCUGAGUUGUUAGAGUCUGUAAUUAGCAUAUCUACGCCGUUGAAGGAUAAGGUGUUAGCUACAGUGGGUUGUCUUGGUUGCAAGUUAGUGAUUGGUGAGCGAGAAGGGAGGAUAGACUUGAUAGUCCUAGCCAUGUUUGAUUUUGAUAUGAUAAUUGGUAUGGACUGGCUUACCAAACAACGAGCUAAAAUGGACUGUUAUCGCAAGGCGAUUCAGUUUAACCAGUUAGGGGGUGAGAGCUUCGAAUUUAUUAGGAGUCAAGGAGGACCCUCGGUUUCCUUAAUCUCAUCGCUCGAAGCAACUCGCUUGCUAGGCAAGGGUUGCCAAGGUUACCUAGCGACUGUCGUAGACACGACAGUGGAGGAGUUAAAGAUUGAAGAUAUCGUAGUGGUACAAGAGUUCCCAAACGUGUUCCCGAAAGAGUUACUGGGUUUGCCGCUAGAGAGAGAGAUAGAGUUUGUGAUCGAAUUAGCCCCCGGGACAGAGCUGAUCUCUAAAGCUCCUUAUCGGAUGGCCUUAUCAGAUUUUAAGGAACUAAAGUUAAGGAUCAAGAAAAGGAUCAAGAAGGAAGACAUACCGAAGUCGGCGUUUCGCACCCGAUACGGCCAUUAUGAGUUUACUGUGAUGCCGUUUGGGUUGACAAACGCCCCAGCUGCUUUCAUCGAUCUGAUGAAUCGAGUGUUCAGAGAGUACUUAGAUCAGUUCGUAAUUGUUUUCAUCGACGACAUCCUGGUGUAUUCAAGGAGUACUGAGGAUCAUGAAAGGCACUUAAGGAUAGUGCUUCAGACUUUGAGAGAUCACGAGCUGUACGCCAAGUUUAGUUUGUCGUCGGCGUCGUUGUGCUCUUUGCCGGAGACUCAUCGGAAAGCGAUUCCGGUGCACAACUUCCCUGAUCCUGGGAGCCAUUGGGUCUACGAGAUGAUCAGGACUACCGUAUGGAUCCAGGAGACCGAAGAUGUUAGGGUACCCCAUAGGUAUAGGGCUUGGUUCCGUUUUGGGGCCAAUGGCUUUAGAAUUGGUCCACUUGACAGUUUUGAUAUUCCACUGGCCGUGAUGGAUGUUAUUCUGGGUGAAGGUGUAGCUGACCUUCCUGAUGGUAGAGUGGAUAACCCAUCACCUCCGGACCCAGUGCUGUAA